AUGUCAAACUGUGGAAGAAGAAGCCAGUAUAAUGGAUCAGUCAAACACAGAUUUAGGAUUUUCCCUCUUUACGACAAACCUGUUUCUUGGCUGCAUAGAAUAUUCUCCCAGAGAAGAUCUUGGCCAGUAUGGAUGGUGAUCCUUAUCUUUCUUGGAGUGACAGCAGUCUUGGGAGUAACUAUUGGUUUCCUUGUUCAUUUUCUGGCAGUGUGAAAUAUUUUCUAUUACCAAGGUGAUUUUCAUAUUUCUGGAGUUACACACAAUGAUAGUUGUGAAAAUGGAGCUUCACAAGCCAGCACAGAUCUGAACAAAAAUAUAGAGACUAAGAUGUCUGAUGUUUUUCAAAAUUCUAGUAUAUAUAAAGAAUAUAUCAACUCUCAGGUCAUCAAACUUCUGUAAAACAUUUCUGUUGUUUCUUGUCCUGAUCCCAAUGGUUCAAGGGUACAGUUACAACUGACAUUCAAGUUUCCUCCAGCAAAAAGGCACAGCAUGAAGACUGAAAUUGAAGCUAUCUUACAUCAGAUAUUGAAAAACAACAUGGCAUCCUGGAAUGCAGUCCAUACUUCCUUUAGACUCAUAGAAAUCAGCAAGGCUAAUGUUGAAAUGCUUACCAACAACUGUUGUGGAAGACCAGCCAACAGUAUCAUGGCAGGCAACCAAAUUGUGAAUGGGAAGAAUGCCCUGGUGGGGGCAUGGCCAUGACAAGCCAGCAUGAAAUGGAAAGGCCAGCACUUCUGUGGGGCAUCUCUGAUCAGUAGCAGGUGGCUAUUAUCUGCAGCUCACUGCUUUGCUGAGAAAAAUAAUUCAGGAGAUUGGACUGUCAACUUUGGAACUAUAGUAAAUAAACCAUAUAUGACACCGAAAGUCCAAAACAUUAUUUUUCAUGAAAAUUACAGCAGGGCUGUGGUUUUUAAUGAUAUUGUCCUUGUACAGCUUGCUGAAGAAGUCUCUUUUACAAAGUAGGUUCGCAGGAUUUGUCUUCCUGAAGCCAAAAUGAAGCUUCCGGAAAAUGCCAGUGUUGUAGUUACCGGACGGGAAGACUUUAUGAAUGGUCCUCUUCCAGCGAUACUUCAAGAAGCCUUUGGGAAGGUUAUCGACAACAAAGUUUUCAAUCAUCCACAUUCAUUAUCUGGUCUGGUUACCAACAAAAUGCUAUGUGCUGUGUUUAAGUCAGGAAAAGCUGAUGCCUGUCAGAAUGAUUCUGGUGGACUGCUAGCUUACCCUGACUCUAGAAAAGUCUGGCACCUUGUUGGAAUAGUGAGCUGGGGUGAUGGAUGCGCUAAAAAGAAUAAGCCAGGUGAUUAUACUCCAGUCACUGCUUAUCAUGAUUGGAUUACAUCCAAGACUGGGCUCUGA